CGACGGCCUCGAGCGCCUAGGCGGGAGGUGUUUCUGCAUGAGAGAAGAGAGCCGCUACAACUGGACGUGGCUCAACAGGCUUUAGGAUGUUCGAAGAUGAAGAAAAGGUGAAGUUACGCCGACUUGAGCCAGCUAUCCAGAAAUUCACUAAGAUAGUGAUCCCAACAGACCUGGAGAGGUUAAGAAAACACCAGAUAAACAUUGAGAAGUAUCAGCGGUGCAGAAUUUGGGACAAAUUGCAUGAAGAACACAUCAAUGCAGGGCGCACUGUUCAGCAACUCCGCUCUAAUAUUCGAGAAAUGGAAAAGCUUUGCUUGAAAGUCCACAAGGAUGACCUGGUUCUUCUGAAGAGGAUGAUCGAUCCUGUUAAGGAAGCAGCAGCAGCAGCCACAGCAGAGUUUCUCCAGCUCCACUUGGAGUCUGUUGAAGAACUCAAGAAACAAUUUAAUGAAGAAGAAGCUUUAUUACAGCCUUCUCUGACCAGAUCCACAACUGUUGGUGGAGCACUCCACACUGCGGAAGCCGAAGCUGCUUCUCAGAGUCUGACUCAGAUAUAUGCCUUGCCUGAAAUUCCUCGAGACCAAAAUGCUGCUGAAUCCUGGGAUAACUUAGAAGCGGACUUAAUCGAACUUAGCCACCUGGUCACUGAUUUCUCCGUCCUAGUAAAUUCUCAGCAGGAGAAGAUUGACAGCAUUGCAGACCAUGUCAACAGUGCUGCUGUGAAUGUUGAAGAGGGAACCAAAAACUUGGGGAAGGCUGCAAAAUACAAGCUGGCAGCUCUGCCUGUGGCAGGUGCACUCAUCGGAGGAGUGGUGGGGGGUCCCAUCGGCCUCCUCGCAGGCUUCAAAGUGGCAGGAAUUGCAGCUGCACUUGGUGGUGGGGUGUUGGGCUUCACAGGUGGAAAAUUGAUACAAAGAAGGAAACAGAAAAUGAUGGAGAAGCUCACUUCCAGCUGUCCAGACCUCCCUAGCCAAAGCGACAAAAAAUGCAGCUAAAGCUCAGGCUUCCACCUGGGCCAUGCAUCCACCCUAAGGAGCACCUCGCUGCUGCGGAGUGCUCAGCUGCUGGACAGUGUCAGCCAGCCAUUCUCCAUGGCCGUGUGCUGUUGAGCCUCUGUCACUGGAUGCAUUUGUUUGCUGGCUGUUAAUGGAGAUGUUAGGAGUGGAGGAGCCUGGGCCGACGGGUGUGGUGUCUGUCAGGUCCAGUUUAAAGACUGCCAAAGAGCAAAUGUUCUGCCUGGAAAUGUGAAGAUUGAACCUAUAACUCUAAGGAUCUAAGAUGUGUACAAAUGUAUCAGGCACAUGAGGGUCAAUGUGUUUAUAUAUUAUUUCCUCCUGUAGGGAGAAACAGAAUAUGAGUUCGGGAGUCUUUCUGUCAGGUAGGGAUGUUGUUGCCUAACAAGGGGUGCAGGCGAACUAUUUCUGUACUUAGGGACUGAUUGUACUUGGAUCCAUCUAUAUUUUCUGGUGAAGGAAAUUAAUACUAUAAAAUGGAAAGAGAAGCCCACGUUCUCUUUACAGACUGUUCAUUGUGACAUGGGUGUCCUUUCUGAAGCCUUCCUUGCCUCUCCAGAUAAAGAGCACAGAAUCUCAUAGCUGGAUCUACUAACCCAGCCACCUUGCCCACUUGCAGCUGGUGAUUCUGAAGGUUCUCUGCUUCUAGGGUGAAUUCUAUCCAUGUAAUGAGGAUUUUUCUCAUAAUUCCCAUUUUUUUCGUAUCAUUUUCCAUCUUUAGUUACCCCUUCCUGUAAUCUCUUAAAUUGAAAAAAAGAAAAUUUAAAUAUUUCCAGCAUUUUGGGGCAGAAGGAAGUACAAGAUCACAUCCUGGGCACUGUAGGACUUCAAGGGGCUGACAUACCUGCCUCAAGGGGUCUGGGCCUCUCAGUCUUCCGGAUGGGUUGAGAAGGAGCUUUCUACCUCACUUCUGUUGCCGUUGCCCUUUCCCAGGUCAUCCCUAUCCUGCAGUUUUCACGGCUGCUCUUCCUCUCCGUGUUCACACUUAACUUCUCUCCUGCUCUAGACGGCCAAGGCCAAGAUUCAGACCCGAUGCAAGCUCUGUGGUGCUAACAUGGACAGCAGACAGGGUCCAGUCCAGCUCCAUGUCUGUCUCAAACAAAAAAUUUUGAAAUUUAGAGAAAAGGAAUUUAAGACUAUAGGCAGCCUCAUCCUGUAUCCCAACUCAUUUGAGAUAGGAGGGAGCCACUGGUUGCCUUAUUUUUUUAAUCUCUCCUGAGGAGAAAGCACGGUCAGCCAGGAGCAUGGGUUCAAGCAUGGUGGGGUGGUGGCUCACUCCUUUAAUCCCAGCACUUUGGAGGCAGUGGUAGGUAGAUUGCUGUGAGUUGGAGGCCAGCCUGGGCUACAAGGACAGCUAGGCUGUUACACAGAGAAACACUGUCUCAAAAACAAAACAAAACAAAAACAAACAAAAAAAGAGCUGUGUUGAUGUUUGGCCUCUGUUGAUUGCUAUCUUUCCUUCUCUGUCUGAAGAUCCUUACCUUUUGUGCUCUGGAGUCUUGCUGAUGCAUUCCUAUGAAACAAAGCACUACAUCCUAUUAAACUAUCGGGAAGUUGCAAGUAUUUGUUAUCUGCUGACUUAAGACUUUAAUAUCAAAAAGAGGAAGUACUUUGAAUGAGUGUCGGAUUGUGAUCAUUGUCUGACACUGGGAAUUAAAUAUUUGGAGUAAUUAUUUUUAACUUCAUCCUUUUUUCUCUGUUUCUUGCUGCUCCUUUAAAUUGGGCAUGUCAAACCUGAGCAGGAGGCAGAACUUAUCCCAAUUUGAUUUAAAAUAAGAUUCCUUUUAAAUUUUGUCUUAUAUUUCAAGAUGUGUAUCCUGUGUUUCCCUGGCUGUCCUGGAAAUCACUCUGAAAACCAGGUUGGCCUUAAACUAGAGAUGCACUUGGAGUGCUGGGAUUAAAGGCACGUGCCACCACCACACCACCUGACCAUAACAAGAUCCUUGAGCGGCCAUCGCGGGUAAUUCUGAUACAGCCAGUCCAGCAUGCUUAGCUGGAAUUCUAAGAAUAAGCUUUGUUGUCUCAUUGUUUAGUCUCCUGUGUUCUACAUCAUCUUCCUCAUUGCUUAGUACUUACUCUGCCAGUCCCCAAAGUGUGCCAUAAUAGCCACAGCACGAAGAACCAGGAAUGAGGCUUGCAUUUGAAACCUGCAUCUUCUGGAUGCAGUGGGAACUGUUGACAUGAUCAUGAACUGUCAGUAUUGGGCUUUUGACUCUAGCUGUCUAAAUGCUUAAGGAAGUUACAGUCUUCUUUAAAAUUUUAUACUUUAGAAUUACUUAGAAAUUGUACCUCAUUUCCCUACAAUAACUUUUUGUGGAAAUUGCUUAGAAGUGUUUAAUCAACUAUAAAUUAUAUAAAGUACUUAAAAGUAUAAAUUAGUUAAUAUGACACAGAAGUGAUCUUAAAAUUGAACUUAAUAUGCCCCGUAGUGUCAAGUUAAAUUUAUCUUCUCUAUGAUUUAUGUCUAAUUUUUAUUUCAACCAGUUAAAAAGCACCACUUUAAUUAAGGUGGUAAAAUUUGUAGAUUUUACGUAAAAUUACUCAUUUCAGUAAUAGUAGCACUCUUAAGACUCUUUUUGAUGUUAUAAUCUGAGAAUUUCUCUGAAAUUUUGGUGUAACCCAUAGUAAAAAAAAUGUAUUAAAAUUGAACAUAUAUACAUGAAGAAUGUUUCCCAUUAUAUGGAAUACAUUUUGAUGUUUUGUUUUUCAACAUUGAUUUCAACCCACUAAUCGAUGGCACCCUCAGUUUUCAGAAAACAACCUCCCUACAGAAGAACUGGUGUUUCCCAGGCAGUUAGCCAGGUGCUUUCGCAGGCGUUUAUGGAACGGGUAGCUGGGCCUCAGAGGAAUUAAGUAUUGUACAGUCCUUCAGUUCCAAAGGAGGAAACUGGGUUGGAACUGGGUUUGUUGGUGCUGCACUGCCUCACCCGAAGCCUGGAGACUGUAAGGCCAACUGUGAACAACCCUUGCUGUUCAUUUGUUUCUUUGUCUUUUGUGCCUCACCAGGUGUUCAAAGCCAUGGCAGAACACAGCACUGCACUGUGUUCUGCUUUAUACUCAAGUAUAGAAUGAAGAGUGCCACUGUCCUUAUCCUGCCCCACCUUCUACACAUUGGUUUAUAUCAUAGGUUAUGAUCAUUGUUUAAAGUGUCUUAUAUAAUUAAAAAUAAACAGUACUUUAAAAAAUAAAUCUUAUAGCUUUUAGAAUCAAUUAAUCAUAUUCUUUAAAUGAUGCCCCUGGAAAGCCAUGCACACAGGUAGGGUGCUGGUAACAACACUUAGGCUAUUUCUGAACAUCUGCCACAAUAUCUGGAACAUUUGGAUUUGCCACCAAAGAAUUGUACAUCAAAUAAGAAAAGGCACAGACUGUUUUCCCAUGCUUUUGUGACCCUGCUCUCUCCCCAUCUCAGUUUUGUGUCUUGGUGGCUUACUAUCCUACCUCAUACACAGAAGCCAGAGACCUAAUAUGCCUAGAAAGUGAGCAUGCUGAAGCUGCCUAGAACUGGUCGUACAUCUGGAGCAGGGACUGGGGUUACCCUGAAACUUUUGCAUGGCCACAAAUGUCCUUCUGCCUGUCUUCUUUUCAUGCUGUUUUCUGCAGCGUGAGAAUGGGAUGCUCAUAACACCUACUGUUCGCAAGAAGUUUUGAAUCUGAACUACAAAUAUCUAGCACACAGUAUUUCCUUCCAGUAAAAGCCCAGAAGUCAAACCAUCCUUUGACUAGUUAGUAAACAGGCAUUUUUCAGAAGAGUCCCUUAAGCCCUUCACUGAGAGCACAUGGACUCUGGAUAGAGGAGGAAAAGCCUGGGGCAAGGGCCUGCUGUACAUGCAGUGCCUUCUCAACAUAGAUUAGAAUGUGGCUGUGGUUCUCAAGUGCUUACAGGUAUCUGAUGACAUUCUCAAGUAGAUGGAAGUCUAACAAGGCAAGGGUGCGUCUUCCCUGACCCACUCAUAAGACACAUUCAGAUUCUUUGUGUGUGUGUGGGGGAGGUUGCUUUUGUUUUUGUUUUUCUGAAAUAGGGAUUUACUGGUAUCCAGGUCGAUUUUGAAUUUGCGAUCCUUCUGCUGCCAUCUCUCAAAUUCUGGGAUUAUAAGCAUCUAACUCUGUUUUAUAACUGUUAUUAACACUUGUGUUUCUAGCAAAUGGUUCUAUUUGGGGUCUUCAGUUUGACACCUUUUCACAAAGUGUUGAGUGUUGUAAAUAACCAACAAGAGUUAUGUAUCUACAUUGCUCCCGUCAAAGAAGUCAGUUUAUGACAAAAAUGCACCUAGGCGAUAGUAACCAAACAUAUAUACAGUGAAAACAUUGGCCAGUGGUUUGCCCAAGACCACAAAGCUACUUUGUGUAAGAUCUAAGAGAAUGAUAUGGGGUGUGGGGGGACCCUCCAUGUGUUUUUUUAUUAGGUUUCAUUAUGCCAUGUCAAGUUGCCUGCUGGAGAUUCUCAGCACUUCAGUGGUCCAGAUCAGGCAAAAUGGAAAGAAGUGUUCUUGGAGGAAAACAGAUGCAAUCGCUUAGCCUUCCAAGCAGUGUCAACCUCAGCACUUGUGCCUCUGCAGCCAACGCAGAAGGAGGCCCCUUUAACAUGUUGGCAGGUAAGGCCAAGGAAAGGUGAAAUGGCAAGAAUUUCUGCAAAAUUAAGUUUUUCCUGAAUUGGUUUAUCAUUUAUUACGUUGCUGGAUGGUGCUUGAACAA